GGGGGUGGAGGGCGGAGGAGCUAGAUAGCACGCUUGCGCGGCUGUCACAGGGCUGCUUGGUUGGUCAGUGGGGAGUCGGCGCCUGCGUACUAAGACCCGUGUGCAGCAGCGGCGGCGGCGGCGGCGGCGACGGCGGCAGCGGGCUCAGAGGCAGCGGUUGGGCUCGCGGCGAGCGGACGGGGUCGAGUUAUUGCGUUCGCGCGAGUUGGAAUCGAAGCCUCUUAAAAUGGCAGAUGAUUUGGACUUCGAGACAGGAGAUGCAGGGGCCUCAGCCACCUUCCCAAUGCAGUGCUCAGCAUUACGGAAGAAUGGCUUUGUGGUGCUCAAAGGACGGCCAUGUAAGAUUGUGGAGAUGUCCACCUCCAAGACUGGCAAGCACGGCCAUGCCAAGGUCCACCUGGUUGGUAUUGACAUCUUUACUGGGAAGAAAUAUGAAGAUAUCUGCCCGUCAACUCAUAAUAUGGACGUUCCCAACAUCAAAAGGAAUGAUUUCCAGCUGAUUGGCAUCCAGGAUGGGUAUCUAUCACUGCUCCAGGACAGCGGGGAGGUGCGAGAGGACCUUCGUCUGCCUGAGGGAGACCUUGGCAAGGAAAUUGAGCAGAAGUACGACUGUGGAGAGGAGAUCCUGAUUACAGUGCUGUCUGCCAUGACGGAGGAGGCAGCUGUUGCAAUCAAGGCCAUGGCAAAAUAACUGGCUCCCAGGGUGGCGGUGGUGGCGCAGUGAUCCUCGAGCCUGCAGAGGCCCCCUCCCCCAGCCUGGCUCAGCUCUGGCCCCGGCCGUUGGCUGGACUCCUACACAAUUUAUUUGAUGUUUUAUUUUGGUUUCCUCCACCCCCUCAAACUGUUGGGGAACCCCUGCCCUUCACCCUGCUCCCUUGGCCAGGAGUGAGUGAGCCAUGGCCUUGGUGAAGCUGCCUUCCUCUUCUCCCCUCACACUACAGCCCUUGUGGGGGAGAUGGGGUGGGUGCUGCUUGUGGUUUAGGUUUUUUUUUUUUUUUUUUUUUUUUUUUUUUUAAAUUCUGGAAUCAGCCAUGGAUUCUGGCAAAUAGUCCGUGUGCCCUCCCCCCCACUCAUCCCUGGUCUGGUCCCUGUUCCUAUAGCCCUUUACCCCAAGCACCACCCCCACAGACUGGGGACCAGCUCCUUCCCCAUGCCUAUGUCUCUCCCCAAAUCCCUUUAGCAGGAGAGGGAAGAGGAGGAGAGGAAAGGGGACCUGCCCCCCUCCUCAGGCAUCUGGGAGGGCCCUGCCCCCAUGGGCUUCACCCUUUCCUGUGGGCUCUCACCCUGACACAUUUGUUAAAAUCAAACCUGAAUAAAACUACAAGUUUAAUAUGAA